UCCAUCGUGUCUUCGUAGCAGCAGGUGGUCACCGCGCGCCCAGCACUUAACCACAGCCUGUUAAUUGGAUUACGCUAAGUUUCCACGUCAGAGCCCCACAGAGCCCACGGGGUGAAAUGGACGGAAUAGAUUAACUUUUUCUUCUUUUUUUGUGAACCAGCCCAGUUCUCUUUUUCUUCUCUCAGGGACGCUGAAAGUGACGCUGUCAAUUGGUAGAUAAGACUUUCUUUUUAGCGGACUGCACGAUUCUGCGUGCCUAGUGCUCUCGUGCUCAAGACUGUUGACAGUUUUUUUUUUUUUUUUUUAAAUAUAUUUUUUUCUUUUUAAAGUUGAAGUUAGUACAUUGUUAAUAAUGGCGUUCGGUAGAUUCAGUAAACUAUUUCGUCUACCCACCAUGGAUAUGAAAAAGAAAGCCAAACAGUACGAGCACGUUAACCGGGACGUCAAUCCUAAUGACAUUUGGGAAAUUAUUGGCGAGCUGGGCGACGGUGCUUUUGGAAAGGUCUACAAGGCCAGAAACAAGGAGACAGGAGUUUUGGCUGCUGCCAAAGUGAUCGAGACCAAAUCUGAGGAAGAGUUGGAAGAUUACAUAGUCGAGAUUGACAUCUUGGCUAAAUGUGACCACCACUACAUUGUCAAGCUGCUUGACGCUUUCUAUUAUGAGAAUAAACUCUGGAUCAUGAUUGAGUUCUGCCCUGGAGGCGCUGUGGAUGCCGCCAUGCUAGAGUUGGAUCGGGGGCUGACGGAGCCACAGAUUCAGGUAGUUUGUCGCCAGAUGUUGGAGGCGCUAGACUACCUCCAUGGAUUGAAGAUCAUCCACAGAGACCUGAAGGCUGGUAACAUCCUCCUAAUGCUUGAUGGUGACAUCAAACUGGCUGACUUUGGUGUGUCUGCAAAAAAUACCAAAACGUUACAAAGAAGAGAUUCUUUCAUUGGAACACCAUACUGGAUGGCUCCAGAGGUGGUCAUGUGUGAGACAAUGAAGGAUGCACCAUAUGACUACAAGGCCGACAUCUGGUCUUUGGGAAUCACUCUGAUCGAGCUUGCGCAGAUUGAACCCCCACACCACGAGCUCAAUCCCAUGAGGGUGCUAUUAAAGAUCGCAAAGUCUGAGCCUCCUAGCCUGGAGCAGCCAAAGAAAUGGUCACAGGCAUUUAAUGACUUCCUGCGGAAAUGUUUGGAUAAAAACCCAGAGACUCGCCCAACUGCAGCUCAAAUGUUGGAGCACCCUUUUGUGAAAUCGGUGACGACCAACCGUCCGCUGAGAGAGCUGGUGGCUGAGGUCAAGGCUGAAGUCAUGGAGGAAAUCGAAGACAAUAGAGAGGAAGGAGAGGAAGACGAGGGCAUGGACCUUACUGUGUCCUCAGCCAAGGAGCCAUGCCAGACUAGUCAGACCAGUUUGGAAGGUGACCAGCCCCCGGACACCCCAAGCCCUACCACACCUUCUUCACCUGCACCAGUACCAUUCCCCAGGAAGCUGAACCAGCCAGAUACAUCAACAGAGGAAGAGCCAGGCUCCACCAUGGCAGGCCCUGUACCCCUGCCACGGCAGAAUCUCCAUAAGAAAGAUCCAGAUGAGGUGGGAGACAAAAUGGGUGAAAUCCUUGAGAAAUCCGAGUCUGAGAAAUCUGAGAGUGAGUCCUCAACCAAGACUACCUUCUCAGACUCUGGUAUUGAGGAUGGGAAGAGUACACCCUCACUUGAGGAGGAAAAGGUUGCCGGAGACACCCCAGAGACAGAACAGCCACCAUCUCUCUUUGAUAUGGAACGUGAGGAAUCUGAGGACCGUACGAUAAACUUCACGGGUUCAACAGAACCAGAGGUCCCCAAGAUCCCAGCUAAUGGAGAAUUGCCAACUUCAAGUGGUGUUUCGAUUCCUGUACCUUCGCCUGCAUCCUCCUCUGCUCCCACCCAGGUAGCAAACGGCAGCCUAAUAGAGGAUUCCCCUGAGAAGAAACCAAUGGGAGCAAACGCUGACCCUGGUUCAUCUUAUCUCAAUGGAGGGAUUAUUGAGCGGUUGUCCUAUUCAGGCAGCAUGGCAUCUGAGAGCAUGGAUUUGUCUGUCCACAGGGAGAACACAUCCAUUAGUGCACGGAACUUUUCAGAUAAGACUCUGAGGCGGACCAGAAAGUUUGUUGUUGACGGUGUGGAGGUGAGUGUGACCACCUCCAAGAUCAUCAGUGAUGAUGAGAAGAAGGAUGAGGAGAUGAGAUUCCUCAGGCGGCAGGAGCUGCGUGAGCUCCGUCUGUUGCAGAAGGAAGAGCAGCGAGCCCUGGCUGCUCUGAAUGCCAAACUGGAAACACAAAGGGAACAAAUACAAAGACGUUUUGACCAGGAGAUGAAUACCAAGAAGAAGCACUCUGAUACAGAGCUGGAGAAUCUGGAGAGGAACCAGAAGCAGGCAAUUGAGAAAAUGGAGGAAGAACACAAAGUUAAACUGAAAGAAGAAACCAGGCGUAUCAAAGCAGAACAGGAACGAGACUAUCACAAAUUCCUGGACCAAGUAAAACUAAAGAAAAAGGAGGUAAAACAAUCUGUUGAUAAGCUGCCCAGAAGUCAGCGUAAAGAAACCUUAAAACAGAAGAUGAUUUCCUUCCAAGAAAUGAAGAUGUCAGAGGAAGAGAAAUUCUUUGUAGCUCAGAAAAACUAUCUGCACAUCACACUGAGGAAUAUUAUUUCCAACAACAAGAGAGAGAUUGCAGACCUGGAGAGGGAUUGCCUUAACAAGAAGCAAAGCCUAAUCAGAGAGCGUGAAAAUACGAUGUGGGACAUGGAGCAGAAGAACCUUUAUGAGAAACAUCAGUUAGUGAAGCAGCAGAUGAAAGAUCAGUACUUCCUCCAGAGGCAUCAGCUUCUCAAAAAGCAUGAGAAGGAAAAGGAACAGAUGCAGAGCUACAAUCAGCGAAUGGUUGAGAUCCUGAAAACUAAGCAGCAGCUGGAGAAGAGCCGACUGCCUAAGAUUCAGCGCAGUGAGUCAAAGACUCGAAUGACCAUGUUCAAAAAGAGCCUUCGCAUUAACUCAUCGGGCAGUGCUGCAGAGGACAAGGAGAGGAUCAAACUGUUUUCUCAGCAGGAGGAGAAGCGGCAGAAGGCGGAGAGGCUGCAUCAGCAGCAGAAGCACGAGAACCAGAUGAGGGAGAUGACUGGUCAGUGUGAAAGCAAUAUCAGAGAGCUGCUGCAGCUACAGAAUGAAAAAUGUCACCUGUUGAUUGAGAAUGAGACUCAGAGGCUCAAAAUGUUGGAUGAGUCACACAACCAUAUGAUGAAGGACUGGAGGGAACAGCAGAAGCCCAAAAGGAAGGCUCUUGAAGAUGAGCUGAAUGCCAGGAAAAGGGAGCAGGAGGCUUUCUUCAGGAUGAGCGAGGGUUCCGACUUUCCAAACCCCAGUUCUCCCAACAGAGUCUCCAAGUUUAUGCCGUAUCAAGACGAGACUACCACAUGAGAACAGAUGCUGUGACAUUACACAAUAUUAUCUUCUG